GAGAGAGUCCAAUGGAGAGGUCUGACCCGAUGUUGGCGACGCCGUCGAUCACCGGAGUUGCACCUCUUAGCUCGUCAAAUGCUCUGGCGGUUGCCCUUUGGGAUGCCCAGCAGUUGGAGGUGAUGUCUUCCAGUAAUGAUUCCCCCGCUGCCACUGGCGGGGACACGAAGCCGGCGCCCAUAAAUCCCUUGCUGCUGGCAUCGGCAAGUUUUGGCUCCUGGACGGCACUGAAUUAUCUUCUAAGCCAGGAAGACAAACAAGCACCACCGAUGAUCCAGCCUACUCAGGUAUUUCUUGACUUGCUAAUAGGAUACCCUGCCGGCAACACCACCAAAGGAAGAUUGACGGUACAGCAAACUUCUGAAGAUGUAGAAAAUGUCGUUGAUCAGCCUGCUUCAUCCAAGGCAGCUCUGCUUCUCAAGGGCGUCACCGCCAAUGGAGACACUGCACUACAUGUGAUUGCGAGCAACGGCGACAGCAAAGAAUUCUUGAAGUGUGCAAUCAUCAUCUUCAAAAGGGACCAAGACCUCCUGUUUGCAGUGAAUAAUAAGGAUGACACUCCCUUGCAUUGUGCCGCCAGAGCCGGUAUGUCCCAAAUGCUCUCUUUUCUUGUUGAACUUGCUGAAAAUUGCAACAGGUUGCACGAGCUCCUGAGAAAGGAGAAUGUGCUCAAGGAGACAGCCUUGCAUGACGCGGUCCGCAUUGGAAGAAAUGAUACUGUGGAGCUUCUGUUGGGGGCUGAUCCUGAUUUGGCUAAUUACCCUAAAGAAGGCACUUCCCCAUUGUACCUCGCAAUUUCACUGCAAAGAUAUACUAUUGCACAGACCCUGCAUGACAAGAGCAAUGGAAAUCUCUCAUACCACGGACCCUAUGGGCAAAAUGCGCUACAUGCUGCAACUUUUCGAAGCACAGGGGUCACAAAACAUGUAUUGAACUGGAAUAGUAGCCAAAGAUGGGAAUACACCCCUUCACUUUGCUUCUGUUUUCAGGCAUCCUGAGGGAGUCAGACAGUUUAGACAAUUAUUAGAAGCUAAUCCUUCACCGAUAUAUCAAGCAAACAACAACGGAUCAUUCCCCAUACAUGUUGCUGCCACCAUGGGUGCGAAAGAUGUCCUAAACAUUAUACUUGAAAAGUUUCCCAGUAGUGCUGGCCUGCGCACUGCUCAAGGAUGGACAUUCCUUCAUGUCGCCAUUGAGAAAAAAAGGCUGAACAUAGUCUCCUUUGCUUGCCAAACUCCAUCUCUAAAUUGGAUUUUGAAUAUGCAAGACAAUGAUGGGAACACUCCACUGCAUUUUGCAGUCAAGUCUACAGUGUUUUAUAAUUUUUGUUCGCUGUGUGGUAAUAUGGAAGUGGACUUAAGUUUAGCAAAUAACAAUAAGCAGACUCCUCUUGAUUUGUCCACAAGUUUGUUUCCUCGUGGACUGAAUCAUGUUUGGAAUAAUGACCAGAUGAUAUAUGUGGUACUCAACUUGGUUGGUGCCAAAAGUAGUUCCGUUCUCUUGGAUCAUAUUGUAGAAAUGGACAGUUUUCGUGUAAAACCAGAGGAUAAGGUCCAAGAAGCACAGAAGAUGAAAGAGGCAAGCCAAAUGCUAGGCAUUGGCUCAGUUUUAAUAGCAACUGUUUCAUUCGGUGCAACUUUUGCUGUCCCUGGAGGUUUCAUAGCAGAUGAUCAUGCAAAUCGAGGCACGCCAACACUUGCUGGAAGGUAUGCGUUUGAUGCAUUCAUGAUGGCAAACGCAUUAGCUUUUAUUUGCUCCUCAAUAGCUACUGUUGGUGUCAUGUUCACUGGAUCUCCUUUGGUUAACUUGGUGACUCGCCAAAUUAACUAUUGUGCAUCUAUUUUCUUCAUGUCGAGCUCGCUCACAUGCUUGGCUACUGCUUUUGCAUUGGGUGUGUAUAUGGUGCUAGCUCCGGUUGC